CAAAUGGCGCUGCGGGCGGAAUCAGGGUGACACAGGCGAAUGGCGUGCGAGGACUCCAGCUCUCGGUCGCCGCCCCCCACGCCAUGAGCUUCCCCGCAUCGAGGAUUUUCUUCCAAUGCGACCUCUUCCCUGAAGAAUUUUCGAUCGUCAUAACCUUGAAAGUUCCCAAUCUUCCCCCUAAGAAGAACGAAUACCUGUUCACUGUGGUGACGGAGGAGUCUGACGGGCUGUUGCUGGGCCUGCGGUACUCGCCCACCAGGCUGCACUUCCUGUUCCUCAGCCAGGACGCGGCGGGGGCCUGGCAAACCCGCGUGACCUUCCGCAGUCCCGCUCUGAUGGACAACCAAUGGCACACGCUGGUCUUGGCCGUGUCCGAAGGAUCCUUUUCCCUCACCGCGGACUGCGGCGUCCCCGCGGACAUAAUGGCUGACGUGCCCUUCCCGGCCACCCUCUCGGUGCAAGGAGCCCGAUUCUUCAUCGGCAGCCGGAAGAGGACCAAAGGCCUGUUCACGGGCCUGGUGAGGCAGCUGGUCUUACUGCCUGGCUCGGAUGCCACCGCAAGGCUCUGUCCCUGCAGGAGUCCCGAGCUGGCUGUGCUGUCCAUCCCCCCAGUCCUGCAGGGCCCCCCGGGGAAGCCAGAAGAUAAUGAGGUGCUAAAAUAUCCCUAUGAAACCGACCUGAAGGUGACUCUGGGGUCCCGGCCUCCAUGCACCAAAAUGGAGGAUGCCCAGUUCUGGUUUGAUGCUAGCCGGAAGGGGCUGUUCCUGUGUGUGGGCAGCCAGUGGGUCUCCGUGUUAGCAGCCAAGGAGAAACUGGACUACGUGGAAGAACAUCAAAGCCUGUUCACCGACUCGGAGACGCUGGGCAUCGAGGUCUUUGCCAUCCCCGAGGCCGGGCUCUUCGUGGCAGCCGCCAACCGCAAAGCCACGUCCGCCAUCUACAAGUGGACCGAUGGGAAGUUCGCCUCCUACCAGAACAUUCCCACGCACCAGGCACAGUCCUGGAGACACUUCACCAUUGGGAAGAAGGUCUUCCUGGCUGUGGCUAAUUUUGAACCGAAUGAAAAGGGCCAGGAGUUCUCUGUCAUUUACAAAUGGAGCCAGAGGAAACUGAGGUUCACACCGUACCAGAGGGUCCCCACCCACAGCGCCCGGGACUGGGAAGCCUUCGAGAUGGCCGGGGAGCACUUCCUGGCCGUGGCCAACCACAGGGAAGGUGAUAACCACAACAUCGACAGCGUCAUCUACAAGUGGAACCCGAGGACCCGACUCUUCGAGGCCAACCAGACCAUUGCCACCUCGGGCGCCUACGACUGGGAGUUCUUCACCGUGGGGCCCUACUCCUUCCUGGCGGUGGCCAACGCCUUCAACGGCACGUCCACCAAGGUGCACUCCCACCUGUACGUCUGGCUCCUUGGCUCCUUCCAGCUGUUCCAGGCCUUCCUGACGUUCGGCGCCGCGGACUGGGAGGUGUUUCACAUCGGAGAGAGGGUCUUCCUGGCCGUCGCCAACAGUCACAGCUACGACGUGGAAAUGGAAGCACGCAACGACUCCUACGUCAUCAACUCGGUCAUCUACGAGCUGAAUGUCACCGCGCAGACCUUCGUCAGGUUCCAGGAGAUCACCACCUGCAGCGCUCUGGACUGGGAGUUUUUCUCGGUGGGAGAAGAUUAUUUCCUGGUGGUCGCAAACUCCUUCGACGGGAACACCUUCCUGGUAAACAGUAUUAUUUACAGGUGGCAGGGGUAUGAAGGGUUCGUGGCCGUGCACAGCCUCCCGACCUUCGGCUGCAGAGACUGGGAGACCUUCCGCACCGCGGCGGGUUCCUACCUCGUCUACUCCAGCGCGAAGGAGCCCCGCUCCCGGGUGCUGAAGCUGAGGACGGGGUGA